AUGGAGCAGGAUUUUGACGACUCCGAAACUAACAUUUCAUUAGAGUUUAGCGGAGGGUUAGAUUCCUUAAUUUUAAACCAGGAGCGGGACUUGAAGUUGAAAAUUCGCGGUGCCAGGGUGACGAUAGGCCAGUUAAUAGCGUACAUACGGAGAAACAUAAUAGGUUCUAAAAAGGACUUCUUCUCAUUCUCCCCAGAGCUGACCAGCAGUUCAAACACUGAUGGUCAAAGCACAGAUAAUGUAGAAGACACCGGCAGCCACAAUUCACGAGAUAGAGUGAAAGUGGAGUGUAACGUAGCGCUGUUUAACGGAUACAUUAAUCGUAGCGAGUUUUGCAAGAUCAGGCCAGGUGUGCUCGUGCUGGUAAACGACGUGGACUGGGAGCUGCUUGAGAAGGAGCAGACUGCCUUGGAGAACCACCAGAACAUAACUUUCAUAUCGACUCUGCACGGAGGAUAG